UGACUGCAGAUCAGAUCUAAGAGCAACAGCCUCGUGUGAAGUGAACGAGGCUUUUCCCCUCUGUCUUCCAUUUUACUGCACCCUAACUGUAAAUAAACAAAUCUCACCUGAGUUCCUGUCAGCAGCAGCAGCAGCAGCAGCAGAAUCGACUCUCGAAGCCAUCAUGAAAGUAGCAGCUUUUAACAUCCAGAAGUUUGGAAAAAAUAAAGUGUCAGACCCAGCUGUCCUCGAUAUCCUGGUUAAGAUCGUGUCUCGAUAUGACAUCAUAGUGAUCCUGGAGGUGGUGGACGCCAGCGGAGAUUCAGUAGAAACCUUUAUGACAGCACUCAACAAAGCCAACCCGGACCAUCACUACACUCUGAAGAUCAGCAGUCGUCUGGGAAGAACUCGCUACAAGGAGCAGUUCAUGUUCCUGUACAGGGAUGACAUGGUGGACCUGGUGGGCUCCUAUCAGUUUGAUGACGAGGCGACUGAGGGAGAAGAUGUUUUCGCCAGAGAUCCCUACAUCCUGCGAUUCAGAUGCCACAAUACAGAGCUGAAGGACCUGGUGCUGAUCCCAGUUCACACCAAACCAGAGGACUCGGAGGUUGAGCUUGAUGAGCUCUAUGAUGUUUUCCUGAAUGUCAAGAAGAAGUGGAAAACUGAUAACGUGAUGAUCCUGGGCGACUUCAAUGCGGACGGCUCGUAUGUCUCCAAGAAAGACAUGAAGAGCAUCCGUAUCCGUACCGACAAGAACUUCCACUGGCUGAUUGGAGAUGAUGUCGACACCACAGCAAGCACCAAAAAUGACCACACAUACGACAGGAUAGUGAUCUACGGAGACGACAUGCUCAAGGCUGUUGUACCAAACUCUGCCAAACCCUUCAACUUCCACGAAGCAUACGGACUCACUCAGGAGCAGGCGCUGGAUGUGAGUGACCAUUACCCUGUGGAGGUUGAACUCGAGUCCAUAAUCGUAGAAGGUCCAAAACCACAGCAGUAUGGGUCAGCUCCCCCAGAUAGAGAUCUGGAUGAGCUGAAGAGAGAAAACCUGCUUCUGGAGAGAGAGAAGCUCAACCUGGAGAUCCAAAUGCUCCGGCAGAAGAUGGCCAUUAUGAAACAUGGAGAUUGAGUUUAAACUCAGGAAGUCAGAUCUGUCCGAACAACCAAAAUAAUCCAUCUGCAGCCCGCAUAACUAUAAGUUACACCACCUUCACGUUACGCCUACUUCAAGUUAUGCUUCUUUCUUUCUUAAAGGUGUAUGACACUCCGAGGCUAUUCUGGUUUUCAUCUGUUUCAUUGUUGCAUUCUUGUUUUCUUUUAUCUGUUCAAAUCAGUUUUAUCAGCUACUCUAAUUAUGUGCAGUGUUUGUAAUUGUUCAUCAAAUCAUUAAAUAAAGGGAAACAGGCUUAAAACAGUAA